GCUGUUCCGUAGCAACUCACAAUCCGUGAAUCGAUAAUUUUGAGAAAAAACUCCUAACCAGUAAGCAGCUCACUCAUUAAAAAAAAAAAAAAAACUCCUACCCAUACCGUCAAGACGAAACAAUAAUAUAUUAUCAUUUUUUACACGUCGAGUAGUUUUCAUUUAGCGAACGUCUCAUUUGUAUAUCGGUCGGAUUUGGAACGGGCGGAUGGUUAUGCGCUAUGGAAGAAUUCGCGGACAUUAAAGAAGACGAGAACAAGAAAAUCCUACACACCUAUCCGCUAGUACGAGUGUGCGAUAUGUCGGAAGAGAUGAAAACCGAAACAAUUGAAGUUAUAAUAACGGCCUGCGACAAAUUCGGAACCGAUUACUAUUCGUCGGCCAAGGCGAUAAAGCAGAUGCUGGACAAGAAAUACGGAUCGCCAUGGAAUGCCGUGGUCGGAGAGGCGUUUGGAAUACAGAUGACGCACCAGUCCAGCACGCUGAUGUACAUGUUCUUCGGGGGCAAUCUGGGGAUUUGCGUUUGGAAAAUUUGAUCGUUUUCACGUUGUUCAACUGAUGCAUGUUUGGGAUGCAUGAUUGCAUGAUGAAUGCAGUGCAGUGGACGUAUUUCUCAGAACAGUGUUUUCUUCGAUAAUUUUAGGGUUGAAAUUUAAAAGUCAAGAGGUUACGGAAUGAAAAAAAAAAGUGUUGAAUAAUAUAGUUGUCAGAGAUAAAAAAUAUUCAUAAUGUUCUGCGCUAUGUUAUAAUAUUAAAACGAUUGUCAUGUAUGAUUAUAUCGAGCGUACGAAACAUCCGACAACCCAUAUAAGGCGUUGCGAAUUCAUAAUUCUAUUGUAUAACGUUCGAUUUAUUUUUCAUAUAUUUAUGUUAUAGUUAAUAAGUAUAAUAUAUUUUGGUUUAUGUUAUUCAUAAUCAUGAAAACUAUCCUUUAUAAUAUAAAACUUUUUGAAUUUUAAUUCAAAUGAUAAUUUUUAUGUUGCAAUCUUGUUCAAAUUGUUUACAAAAAACAUCAUUAACAUGGUGUAUUACAGUAAAAUAUACGGAUAAAAUAAUUCAGUGCAAAUUAUUUCAAACCACUAGGGAUAGUCACAUGAAUGUAUCAAAAUUGCAUAUAUAGAACGCCGUAAUUUAAAAAUGCUUUUUUAUUUCUAUGCUUAAUUUUAUCCGAUAUUACAUUAUU